GAAAUUUGAUUAUGAUCUAAUUUUUGAGGGAUGUUUCUUCAAAAGAAAGUUUUGGAAAACACGGCUUAUUUCGAUUUUUGACGUUUUAAUGACGCUUUAAAGCGUCACCGGUCCCGAAAGGGUUAAGAAGCCUAUUAAAAAGCCUACCUGUUUUUUGAUUUGAUUUAAACAAAAAAAUCAAAAUUAGUUGUAUUAAAAUUUUCAGCGUUUGUUCUCUAUUAUGGUGUCUAUUUGUGGUAAAUAUUUCGCCUAAAUCAACAGUCAUAGUUCGAACAAAAAAAAGUAAAAAGCAUGAUGAGACAUUUAUUAUGGGAAACUGACGCACAGUUUUAAGUACUUCUUCAUUUUCAGUGUUCUGAAAUUUUUUUAUCUGUUUUGUUACGAUAUCAACAGGCUAUCUUUUGAUAAAAAUCCAUAAAGAUGUGAAAUUGUUUUUACUGACGAAGGAAGACCACCAACUGUCCAAUCGCUUUUGAGAUGAAACCUAGUCGAUUAUAGGUUAUCGACUAUGCUGAUUCCGAAUAUGACCAUGGCAACUGCCAAUAGGUCUUCGGAGAUCCGGUUUUGGGAAAACCAGUUUAUCAGAAACUCUAAAAAAUAGCCAAAACCUUUCUUAAUGAGGCCUGAUUGUAGCCUGCACAUUUCUGAUUAAAAUGCGACACUUUCCAGCUCUACAUGAGUUUUCUUUGCAAAGUUAUAAGAUUAAUAAGAAAAGCCCUAACAAUGAACAUUUAGGGCUUUCUUGUAAAUUCUAUAACUUUGCAAAGAAAACUCAUGUAGAGCUGGGAGAUGUCUCAUUUUAAUCAGGAAUGUGCAGGCUACAACCAAGGCUCAUUAAGAAAGACUAUUUUUCAGAGUUUCUGAUAAACUAGUUUUCCCAAAGCUGGAUCUCCGAAGACCUAUGGGCAGCUGCCAUAGUCAUAUUAUAUAGUCUAUAACCUAUAAUCCACUAGGUUUCGUCUCAAAAGCGAUUGGACAGUUGGUGGCCUUCCCUCGUGAGAAAAAAGGACCACAAAACAUGACAAAUUACUUUUCGUGUCUACGCAUUACUUUGUUAGAAAAAAGAACUCAUUAUAUCAAAUUAUACAGUUUCAGGCUCAUCAGGUAAGAUAUUUAUGUGUAGAAUAAGAAAUAUGAUAUGACAGAUGUAGAGCACGAAAACUGUUUGUAGCUCAAAUUCACAAAAACGUAUUAAAAAAGAUGAAACAGAUAUUGAAUAAAUUUGUUUUUUUAAAGGCACUCCAGUAUCCAGUUCCGAAGUGAAAAUUUUCAUUUUUCGGUUUAUGAUCGAUUCAUACACUAUCAAGUGUGCGCUUUACGAUGGACAUAGUUUCCUCCUUGUCUGGUAUACAAAAAAAAGGCCUAAGGAGAUUUUCUAGAGACUGAGCUGCAGACUCUUUUUAAUUUUGUUUUGCGUUUUUCUCAAAAGUACUUUUUUCUAUAAACUUGUCUUAUGUCACGGUUUCGACUAGCAGGAGUUGACCGAUAAGGAGCAAAAUUUUACCACAGAUGCAACUCAUCUAAAACUAGGACAAGCUUUUUUGAUUUUCAAAAAUAUUGUUUCCUUCUUAGACCAAUUUUAGAGAUUUCUAUGCUGACAACUGCGUAAUUUUUGCAUAAUAUUUCGUACUUUGAUAUUUUGACCAAAAUAAGAUGAAGAUUUGUCUAAUGCAAUAUAGAAAAACAGAUUUUUAAACAAAUCACUUUUACAAUUUAGGGGUAAUAAAUUCAGUAUUCUAGCACAUACAAACAGCUAAUUUAAAUCGCAUUUUAUUAAUAAGAAAACAAUAACUUUUAUUUAAUUCGACGUUCGACAAUAUAUUUGUCAUUACCAAGAAAAAUAUGUGGUAACAGAGAUAUUAACAUAAGAAUAAAGUCUCACACAUGUACUUAUAUAUAUAUACUAAACAAUGUUACCGAACAGCUAGAUAGGGAUAUAUCUCUGUUAUCACACAUUUUUCUUGAUAAUGACAAAUAUAUUGUCGAAAUGUGGAACUAAAGAAAAAGUUAUUGUUUUUUCUUUAUUAUUAAAAUGCGCUUUAAAUUAGCUGCUGUAUUAAUAUCUACAAAAGAGAGUUUUAGUUUCAUAUAUCGAAUCAAGAAAUCGUUUCUGAGAAAAGAAAUUGAAUAUGGUUCUGUGGGAUCUCAUGGAAUACAAAUUUUCUUCUACAAGAAGAAACUUUCGUUCUAUGCCUCGUUUUUUCAUAAUGAUUUUUGAAAAAAAUGAUUUUGAAAUAAAUUUAUUAAAUUCAAACAAAGUCAAAUUUAAAAAUUAAAAAUAUUUUCUUUCUAGAAAGAUAUUUUUGAAAAUAUAUUAAUCGAUAAUUCAUUUUAUUCUUUUCUUUAGAUAUAACACCAGUACUCUCACGCCCGUAUUUAUCUCGCGCGUAUUUCAAGAAUGUUUAACCUAUGGCGGUGAAAUGGAUUACAAAUCUUACUUAGAUUUUGCUUUAGCAUUAGAACAUCGAAAUUCACCUCAAGCAUUACACUACCUAUUUCAGAUAAUGGAUAGUGACAAUAAAGGCUAUCUUCAUCCAGGUGAUUUGAGUUAUUUUUACAAAGGCAUAAUUCAAAUGUUAGCUACAAGACCAUUCGCAGAUGUACCACCAUUCAAUAAUGUACAGAAUGAAAUCUUUGAUAUGGUAAAACCAGUUGAUUCAACAAGAAUAACAUUAAAAGAUCUUAUUAAUUGUGGUCAAGGUGGGUUAGUAUUAUCAAUUUUAAUUGAUAUAAACAGCUUUUGGAGUUAUGAAAAUCGAGAAAGUUUGUUACCACAAUUGGCCACGAAAGAUGAUACAAUUCAUGUGUAA